AUGGGAAGCGCACUUUUUAAAUUCUCAUGCUCCAAAGUUUCGGAUUCUAAUGUCCACGAUCAUUGCAGGGACAACAAGCCAAGGAAAAAAGUGGAAAAAACAAUAAGAACAUCAUCAACACCUUCAAGCUUAUCCUUCAGAGUCAAGCCUUCCAACAAAGAUAUUAACUCCUCUUCAACACCAGCCUUAAUGAAUUUAUGUCCUUCCGUACCUACUCUGAACGAUGUUACAAACGCAGAGAACGCCAGCAGUGGCUCCAAAUCUACGAAUGGAUCUCCCCGAAGAAGCAAUAGAAUUGUACCGCUUACAUCUUCAGAGCUGCAGCCACCGCGCCAGCCAGAAUCUUCUCCACUUCAAGCUACAUUAUCAUUUAGGACUCCUUCAUUAAUUGCAACAUCUAAGCUCAAAACAAAGGCUUCAAGCUUUGUGGAUAUGAAAAAGCAUGUUGAUCUCCUAUCGCCCAUUGUAAAUAUCGACCCAACAACUCAACCUAGUAACACAAUGAAAUAUGAUGAUUCUUCGUACUUUGACAAUUACAACACGUUGUCCCCUAAACCGAUUGACCAAGCUGUUUUACAAAAAGUCAUGACAAGAAAUCCUUCUGCAGGAAAUGUUUUACGAGAAAGCUUGGAGGUUUUUCGUUUUGGGGCAGUACAGCAAUAUAUAGAUAAUGAAGAAGAUUUGCCAAUGGAUGACGACGAAAUUAAGUCAGUGGAAACGGUGUCUACAACCUCUAGCAGCACAGUGGAAGUUGAGAUAUUCAACCAUUCAGCGUCAAAGGGGCUUUUGAAAACUAAAUCAUCAUAUCGGCUUGAGAGAACAGGAUCUGGUAUUAAGAAACCACAAUUAUCAUCAUUUCAUCGAUAUCACACUGUUUCUGAUAUCCAUAGAGCUCUUGUCGAAGAACACCAAAUGAAAGCUCUUUCAAAACACUCUUCAGUAGCUUCCAUUAAGUCGAAACACGGUCAAAAGCAGCGAGACUCGCUGGACUCUCAAGGUACAACAUCGUCAGGCACUGGAACUAGCGGUUCUGGAUCCUUGGUAAGAUCGCCGACUCCAAGAAUUGGAAAAAACAAGAGAGUUGAUGCAAAAGUCAACGGUAAAGAAGCUCUGCUUUUCUCUCACACAAUACCUGAGGAGCGACAUUUAGUUGCAAGUAUGAGCCUUAAUAAUUUGUUUUCCAACAAAACAAAUUCUUCAACCACAACUAAGAUUUUAGGGCCUGUUUCGAAAGCUGACCAGGAACGGAAGUUACUAAGAAAUUUUUCUUCUAAUCAAAUUAUUACAUCGAGUUUGGUCACGAAGGAGAAACACCUAUCCCAAAGCAGUCAGGAUUUGUUACGAGACUUAAAAAAAUCUUCUACACCUAAAGCGUUGAAAAAGACAUCAAGUUUUAAAAGCACUACGUCGAAUACAAGCACAGUUUCCAAAGAUGAAAUUUUAAACAGAGUUUUCAACACUGCUCCUUCCAGGCCUACCCUUCCUUCCAUUAAGCGUAAAAAGAAAGAAUCAAGGCUAAUUAUUGACCCAAAAACAGGAUCUAUUAAAUAUACGGAUGAAGAAGAUCUCUCAAGUGAAAAAAGCUCAUUAUAUACCACCAGAAGUGAUUUUUCAAGUCUCACGCCAAGUGACGAAACAAGAACAAAUUAUGGAAAUUCAGACAUUGUUAUCAACAUACAGGAGCCAAAAGAAGCACCUGAAAUUAUUCCUAAAUCAGCUCCUAACGUUACGCUUAGACAGCUAAAGCUUCAAAAAAUCCAAAAGUUGAAGGAACAAAAGGAAACCGAAGAAAUGAUCAUAGCAUACAUCAUGGACGAGAAAUACUCAGAUGCAGAAAUCAACAAUUAUCUAGGACUGUCGAUCGGUUCACACGAAUUCAUGGAUAUUUUCUAA